GUCAAUUUGAUUCUAUUUUAUCAGGUCUUACUAACAUAAGAUUUUCUAAUAAGAAGAUAAAUUUAAAUCAGCCUAAUAAUCCUGGUUUUACUAACAUAGAAUUGAGAAAGUUUGGAUUUUUUACUGUAAAUUUUAUAUAUUAUUUAGUAGACUAUAUUUUAAGAAAUUACAUAUACUGUAAAUUUGAACUUGUUCUUUUAAUAACUUGAUUAUAUUUCUUAUAAUUUCUUUACAAAACGUCCAAAUAUUUUAUAUCAAAAUCUUUUUAUAUUAUGAAUUUAUAAACAUUUUUUCUUAUAUUUCUAAUAGAAAAAUUGAAAAAAGUAAUAAGCAAAUAAUAAGUAAUACUCUGUUAUAUACGAUUAAUAACAAAAUAGGAACUGAAUUUCACUUUAUUAUACUAAUUUGUAGUUAUCUUUCGAUAGUGAAUUUUGUUAUAUCUACCAUUACUAAUAUCUCUAUAUAGUUGAAUUUUAUACACUUGCGUGUGCUUUCUGUGAUCUCUUCCUCGUAGUUUGGAAUUUAUACAUUUUAUAAAUUUCGUCUAUUAAAACGCAUGAUACGAUAUAUGAAAUUGAAAUAGAUUAAAAUUUAUUAUAAAUGAAGAUGAUUUUUGCAUAUUGUUUGAAAUGGUCAAAAAAUUGUCUUCGAAUAACUGUUCCUCGUUAUUUCCAUACUGCUAAAUCACCUGUGCUACUCAUGAAUACAAAUAUGGGAAAAAGUAAUUUGAAUGAUUACAUUAUUUGGUUAGAUAUGGAAAUGAGUGGCCUUGAUGUAAAUACAUCUCAAAUCUUGGAAAUAGCAUGCUUAAUCACUAAUAAAGAUUUAAAAGUUGUAAGCAAGGAUCUAAACGUUAUUAUACAUCAGCCAGAUGAAAUAUUAAACAAUAUGAAUGACUGGUGCCUGGCAACUCAUCAAAAAACAGGAUUAAUCAAUGAGUCCCGUUUAAGUAAAACUACAGUAGAAAAUGCUGAACAAAUUGUACUAAAGUAUUUAAAAACAUAUAUUGAAGAAGAAGCAACAUGCCCACUAGCAGGAAGUUCAGUUUACAUGGAUCGCAUGUUUUUGUAUAAAUAUAUGCCAUUAGUUAAUAAUUAUUUACAUUAUAGAAUUAUUGAUACUUCUACUAUUAAAGAAUUAAUUAAGAGAUGGAAUACAAAUGUACCUACUUUUAAAAAAAAUCAUGUUCAUAGAGCAUUGCCUGAUGUAAAAGAAAGUAUAAGAGAAUUACAAUAUUAUAAAGAUCAUAUAUUCGAUCUAUGUAUUAGAAGUUAAUAUGAUCAUGAAUUUUAUUUUACAAAAGUAACAAUCAGUAAUAUCAAAAUAAUAAAGAAGCAGUACAAUUAGAUAAUAAUUAACAAAUGUCAAAGAUAAUAGAAAACUGUAUAUUUCAUCUAUCAUCCCGUUGACCGCGGAUUCGUUAUCGAACCUGAGGACAUUGUCACUAGUGUCGCGAGUGCCUAAUCGCCGUGAUUGUCAGAACUGUAACAAUUCAUUUGACGCCCACAACCUUAAUCUUUGUGCUCAUCCGACAUAUAUAUACAUAACUUCUAGAUUUUAUUAAUUAUCACUCUAAUUUUUAUUUACCCAUGGAAAUUUUAUGAUUAAUAAAGUUUAUUUGUUUAUAACCUAUUUUGUAAUGUCCUAAUACAUUGUAAAAUAUUAAAUAUAAAUAAAAAAUAAAAUUGUAAAAAUUAAGAA